CUUCAUGCAUUUGCGUCUAAGCACCUUCAGCUGCAGCAUUUCUGCAUUUGCUGAUAGCUUUGCAAGAUAGAACUGGGAAACCUUCAGCAGCAGCAUUGCAAAUGCUUCCGAGUUUGAGAGGAUUUUGAUUCUUGAUUUCCCAUAGUGGUAGUAGUAAAAAGGCUCAGUGCAAAUGAUUGUGUGCCAGCAGCACCUACCUUGUUAGGGCACAAAAAGACCUUUCCAACUUUUGCUUCGGCUUUGACUCAUCACUCAUGUCCCCGUUGUUCUGUUACAUUAGGACAGCAGAAGAUUCACAGCACACCAGCUCAGCUCCAGUCCUCGCACACUGUCCACUCUUCCGCUCUACUACUACUACCCUGCUCCACCUCCAUGCAUGGGAUGGGCAGUCAAAGAAGUCUUCUCCUCCUGGCUCUCCUCUUCCUGACGCUGGUCGCCGGAGAAGGCGACGGCGCACUGUCCGCCGCGGCCGGCACGGACGGAGCCAAUGCUACCGACUUGAGGCCACCGGCCAGCGCGCCGCUCGACGUGCGGGCGAGGAAGUGGUGGCGGUUCCCGGCGACGGAGGGCCUCGUGGGCAGCGAGCGGCGGGUGCCCAACUCGUCGGACCCCCUGCACAACCGCUGAUGCCUGUGUCAACAGCCUGUCAUCCGUGCUGCUUCCUUCAACCUCUGCUGUUAGUUACCGUACCUCUGAUCCGGUGCUUUCUGGCUGCAGAUUGUGGCUUUAGUGUUCAGGCUCAAGAGAAUUGAAUUGCGUAUACGAGUAAAUGUAGCUGAUUUUGGUUUAGCUGGUUUGCCAUUUCGAGCGCCUGUAAUCACAAAUUCAUCGGCAGUUUCCACCGUGUGUAUAUAUAAAUUCCCUGAAA